GGUAUCACCAAUUCAAUAUUGCAUCCCAAUAAAGCACGACAAGUCAAGCAAAUAUUGAUAACUGACACAGACACAGAACCCAACAACGUAACCCAAUCUAGGUUUCCCAAGGUUUCAAUUACAUAGCAACCAACACCACUUCUAGUUUCUCAGUCAAAUGAUGUUCGGCGGCAGAAGCAUGGGCGGAGGUGGCGGUGGAAGUAUGUUCCGUACAGUCAGCAGGGCGGCGCUGACUAGAACCACCGGAGUUGGAAUCCAAGAACCCAUCUCUGCUUCUUCCAACUCCAACUCCAACACCACAACUGCUACUAGUCCUACGGCUUCUAGGAAUACCCAGAAGCCGGGCUCGGUCAGUAACCUCUGUCUCUCUUCUCCUGCUUCUCCCAACUGUGGGCCUGUAAGUUCCGGCGGGCCCAACUGGCCCACUUCGCCGCAGUUUGAUGAUUUUGACUGGGUUUCUGUGGAUGGGAGUGAAGAUGUUGAGAGAGCUCAUGGGUAUCCUGAUGACUUUGUUCUUGGACCUGUGCCUUCUGGAGAUGAAGUUCACAACGCUAUUUCCACUCUUAAGCGGGUGUUCAGUCCUACUCAUCACCCUCAGUUCAUCCGGGAUAAAUUUGGUUCCGAGUAUUUGGACAAGGAUGUAGCUGAUCAGAUUUUGAGUGCUUCUGGUUCGGUGCAAAGAGUAUCUUCAUUUGGGUCAGAACCAGAUUGGAUGGAGCCUUCUGCUUAUCUUUGUAAUUCCCAGCCUGAGGGAUGUCAAAGAGUUUAUGAGGCUUUCAGUUUAUUGCAGAAUGAGUCAUCCGUUCAGAGAAUGGUGGUUUCAUUAUCAUCUGAUAGAGCAGUUUGGGAUGCUGUGAUGAACAAUGAGGUAGUGAGAGAGCUCAGGGAAUCUUUCUAUGCAGCUGAAGACAAUAGUUCCCAGAGCUCAUCUGAGAAUUCUGAUGAUAGCAGUACAUCAACAAACUUUUUGAGGUGGAUCUUUCAAAAUACUUUUGGAAAGGUUAUGAAGGUAAUAGAGAACAUUACUAAGCUUUUUGAUCACUUGCUUCAACCUCAAGGCAGUGGCAAGGCGAAAGCUGAAGCUGGUAAUCUGUUUGAGGAGAGGCUAAGAACAUCAGUCAUGCUCUCUGUCGUGGUCCUCUUGGUUGUGGUGGUUACUCGAUCCCACAAUGCUUGACCCUAAUCCGUCGACAUCACAGGUGGUAUUGCUCGUAGGUUGGCUUUCUGUUAUAGUUUUUGCUGCAAUGUAUUUUGACACAUCUCCUGUUUCAACUUGUGCUUUGUUCUGAAUGUCCAAGUCUGGCACGUAAGAGUCAGUAGGUUUCUGUCACUAUGGGCCUGUAUGGAAAAUUUGCAGUGUUGUAAUGAACUAGUGGAUGAUUGAAUAUUUCAUUUGAUUCAAUUUGUUGCUUGGAAAUUGUUUGUUUAAAUUGGAUUUUCAUUGUUGAUUGUG